AUGACGAUCAGCCCGCCGUCGCCCGGCCGGUCUCGCGCCGGCAAGAAGCGCCCGACGCCACAUCUGAACGCGACUUGCGAGCUUGCCGACCGCGUCCAGACGCUGCUCAAGGAAGGAGAUGUGGAGAUAAAUGGUCAUGAGCUUGAUAUUGCGACUGUGGUGGCUGUUUCGAGAUGCGGCUGCAAGCCCUUCAUUGAGCGCACUCCCAAGCUCCUGAACAACGUUGAAGCAGGGCAGGACAUCCUGGAUGCUCAUCUCGAGAGCGGAAGCAAGCUUUAUGGCGUCAACACUGGCUUUGGGGGCAACGCGGACCUUCGCACCAACGAGCUGCUGGCUCUCCAGCGAGCUCUGAUUCAACAUCAGCAAUCCGCCGUCCUCACUCCACGAGACCUCGGAGCAGAACGCGAUGGUCACGACGACACCAACUCCCAUUCCAUGCCCUCCGCCUGGGUCAAGGGUGCCAUGCUGGUAAGGUGCAACACCAACAUUCGCGGCCACUCGGCCAUCAGCCUGCAAAUCGCCGACACGCUUGUGGAAUUUGUCCGGAGAGACAUGACGCCCAUCGUGCCCCUCCGAGGCUCCAUCUCCGCGUCGGGCGACCUCAUGCCACUCUCAUACAUUGCUGGGGCCGUGCAAGGCAAUCCCGACACGUUUGUCCGCACCGGGAAAGGGAGGGAUUUCAAGGUGAUGACCGCUCGGAAUGCGUUCAAAGAAAUCCAGCGCCUGAAUUUGGAAGAUGAAGCAAAGCAUGGCAGGCAGCUGGUCAACGGCAGGAGCAUUGAAUACUCACCCAUCGUCCUCGGGCCGAAGGAGGGGCUGGCAUUGGUGAACGGAACCGCGCCCUCCACGGCUGUCGCGUGCCUGGCGGUAUAUGAGGCAAACCAGCUUGCGGUUCUCUCACAGCUCAUCACAUGCCUCUCGUCUGAAGCCCUGGCAGGAAACGUCGAAUGGACACAUCCAUACAUCGCAGAAAUCCGUCCUCAUCCCGGCCAGGUUGAAGUCUCACAGAACCAGCGCUCUUUCUUCGAAGGCUCUAAGCUCAUCGAAGGCCUCGACCAUGCAGAUCGGUACAAGGAAGGAAUCGUGCAGGAUCGGUAUUCCACGAGGACCUCGUCCCAGUGGGUCGGGCCCCUGCUGGAAGACUUGCUUCAUGCGUCUGACCAGUUGAAGAUUGAACUGAACUCGACCACCGACAACCCGAUUGUCGACCUUCAAGCUCGCGACGUCCACUGUGGAGGAAAUUUCCAGGCCACGCCGGUGACCAUGGUCGCCGAGAGGGUCAGACUUUGCCUACAGAUGAUCGGCAAGAUGCUGUUCGCUCAGACAAGCGAGCUGAUCAACCCGGCCUACAACAACGGGCUGCCACCGAACCUUGCCGCAGAUGACCCCAGUCUCUCCUUCUUCGCCAAAGGCGUUGACAUCAACAUGGCGGCAUAUCAGUCGGAGUUGGCAUUCCUGGCCAACCCGGUCAGUUCUCACGUGCAGUCGGCUGAGAUGCACAACCAGGGGAUCAACUCACUCGCCUUGAUUUCAAGCCGCUAUGCGAUGCAAAGCGUUGAGAUCGUGCAGCUGAUGUCGGCGUCGGCCAUCUACGUUGGCCUCCAGGGGGUCGACCUCCGUGCGAUGCACACGACCUUCCUGGCGCAGUUCAAGGACAUUGUGGAGGCCACCAUCCACCAGACUUUUGGGCGCUGGGUCGAGGAUAAUGAGAUCGAGCUGUUGAUCAACGCGAUAUGGGGUUCGAUUCGUAAGACCUGGUACGUCAGCGCGAGCAGUGACGCGGCGGAUCGAUGCGAGAAGGUCGCAAAGGCCACGGUGGAACCGACCUUGAGCUGCCUGGGCCGAUUCGAUCGCCACCACGACCACGACCGCGGAUCUUACCAGGAGCGAUUUGCGCGGCAGCACAAGGCCUGGGUGGAAACGCUGCAGAAGGUCAUGUACAACGCGUUUCUGCUGCACCGCGCCAGCUUCUUCGACCGUCCUACCACACCCGAGUAUCUGGGCAAAGGCACCAAAGUCCUGUACCGCUUCGUGCGUGAGGAACUGGGCGUGCCCUUCCACCGCGGCCACAUCGAGGACCCCGUUAAGUUGGAUAGCUUGGAUGGGCGGCCGGUCAAGACGAUCGGGUCGUGGAUCUCUGUCAUUUAUGGGGCGUUGAGGGAUGGGAGGCUGUACGGUGCGGUGAUGAAGGCGACACAGUAA